AUGACCGGAUUCACGCUCCCAGUCCUCAUCAUCUCAUUACUCUCGGCUACCGAAGCCUUGAUUAUUCGCCAAGUCGAUCCUGCCGGCAGUGGGUCAUCAAGUGAUGGCAGCGCCGCUGCAACACCAGUACCAGCAUCGACAACAGGCAACAACAGUCAAGCAGGAUCUGUGUCUCUCCCAUAUCAAGUUCCUGGAGAGCCUUUUAUUGACUACCUAACUCGCGUCCUCGGAGGUCAAAGCAACAAGUGGGGCAACGCACCCAAUCUCACAGAUGGUACCACGGUCGUAUCAAGACCAGACUUGACUGGACGGAAAGAAAAGCGAUCGUCAUCAGGGUUUGGCGUUUUCAGCAGUGUUUGGACCAGUGGUAAUGACUUCUUCAACAUCACCGCCGACUUUCGACAAUGUUUUGGACUGGCAGAGAGCUCUAACAUAGGAAUUUACACGACUCAUCUUAGUCAGACACUCUAUGGCGUAACUUGGGGACAAGUGUUGGACGAUCUGAUUCAAGUCCGAGAAGUCACACCGACCGGUCAAGACGCUUAUGCUGGAGUGAUCAUUCAAAAUGGCGCGGACGGAAUCAAUGAAGCCCAGGACCUCCUUGACGACAUAAUCUGUGAGAAUGCGACAACCGUAUCGGCAAACCCAACAUCUGACGGUGUCAGACAAGAGCUGCGAAAGCUUCUCUUCGACGAACAUGAAGCUAGGCGCUGGACAGCCGUCAUCCUCAACGCCAUCUUAGGUGGCAUUGUUGGGUUUGCCCUAUCUGCAAUUACCGAUGAAGCAUUUGAAGGCCAGCUCAAUCCGAAGAACGACGUUCAAACAACCAUUCUUGUCGCAAUCCUGGCUAUUUGCGCCGGUGUUGUUGACUUCAACAAGGACAGAGGAAAUCUUGAUCCAGUGGUGCAAGGCGUACAAGCCGCAUCAGGAGCCACAGUGAGAGUGCAACACGCUACUGCGCAUCUAGCAGCAACAUCUCGAGCAAGGGCUACCAUUACUAGUAUACGAGGGCGGCGUACCACGCGACCGGGUUCAAGAAAUUGGAGGGUGGGGCUUAGAUUCGUCAAUGGUCGCAUGAGUGCCAAUGCCGCUGCUAGCGCUGUGAUCAGCAGUGUCCUUCCACAGGCUACAGAAGAUAGCAGUCCCAAUUCCAGUGAUGGUGGAGCACCUCCAAGUUGUCUGAACCCAGGGGAGGUCGUAGUGGAUCUGAGUCCUCCUAAUGAUGCCGGUGAGCAGCAAGUUCAGGCAGCAGUCACGACGGAUUUUGGCGUUGAGCCUAUUGCGGAGGCGGAGCAGGAGAUUGACGAGUUUCAAACCCCAUAUAAUUGUCCAUGA